GGCAAUUACUGUAGCCAACAACACUGUAAUACCUGGCUACGCCCCUGCGUGGUCAUGUCAGAAGAGAGCGAGCAGUGUCUGUGGGACAAGACCGCUGGAAGGAAAGGCAGGAGAGAGUAGGAGGAGGUCUGCCUAAAAACUCCGCCUCCGAUCUCGGAUCAUCUCGCAUUCCUUCUUCACGGUCCCUCACGCCGUGGAUAGACAGAGAAAGGGAAGGAGAAACACAAGAAGGGCACACGAAGAAGGAGAGGGGGAAAAAACAAGAAGGGGCGCAGCGAAACGACCAUGGCAGUAUCCACAGCGCGUCAGCGUGAGACAGAGUCCGAGCGCAGCGCACUCCCACCGCCGCCGAGCAGAGCCCGGAGCAUGCAGACACACAAUAGACAGCCUCUUGAUGAAUGAAAGGAGCUGUGUACCUGGGCCGUGGACACGAUGAGGGUCAUCUUCACCCAGAACGCCGGUUUCGUCGCAGCUUUUUCGCCUUUCUUGUGAUGCUGGCAAAGUGUAGGACGACAGAUGACGUGAACAACAUACAAUUGACCACAGUUAGAUCGUGCCAGUUUAUUUAUGUUUUAUUUUAUGUUUUAUUUUUUUUGUAUUUUCUUCAGCAUGCAGAGAUAAUAUAGCCAGUAUUUGUCAAAAAAAACAACAAAAAGAAAAAACGAAAGCGUGGUCAGAUUGCGACAUGCAGCCUUGCUGUCGAUAUCUGAACACAGAAUAGUCUAUGUUUUAUUAGCUACAUUGUUGGCAUUAUAAUUUAAUUUGUGUACCUAUUAGUUAUUAUAAAGUGACCAUUUUAGAUUAGCCCGCCUCAUUAGUAGUCGAUUAUAACAUAAAAUAGCUAAGAGAAGAUAUGUUUGUUUACUUCGAUCAAAGACAAUCAGUAAAUAUUAGAUUCCAUAUGUGAUGAUAUCAUUUGCUUUAUGACUUGUAAUUUAUUUAUUUAUUAUUACUAUUAUUAGGUCUUUUAAGUAUUAUCGUAUUGAUUAGUUUAAGUUAGUAGUUUAAAUAUAUUUAACAGUUGAGAAGAUUGUUUAAAACGCCUCCCUAGUGAAAUGGAGACCGCUUACAUGUCACCCCACCGGGGUGCCGCCCGCCCCGAGUCCCUGAGAGGUCAAAGCGCAGCGGGCAGACCGGCGGCGGGUGUCCCCUCCCCUCCUACUCCACCUCCGGCCUCACCUGCCGGCGCCUCACCCGAGGAUACCCCGCACAAGCACAACCUCAAACACCGCUACGAGCUCCUGGAGACGCUGGGAAGAGGCACCUACGGCAAAGUCAAGAAGGCUAUUGAGCGGCACUCCGGCAGAGAGGUGGCGAUCAAAUCAAUUCGGAAGGAAAAGAUCAAGGAUGAGCAGGACAUGGUGCACAUCCGCAGAGAGAUCGAAAUCAUGUCAUCCCUCCGCCACCCACACAUCAUCUCUAUAUACGAAGUGUUUGAGAACAAGGACAAGAUUGUGAUUGUCAUGGAGUAUGCCAGUAAGGGGGAGCUUUACGACUACAUCAGCGAGCGUAGGCGCCUUAGUGAGCGGGAGACUCGACACUUCUUCAGACAAAUAGUCUCUGCUGUGCACCACUGCCACAAGAAUGGAGUGGUGCACAGGGAUCUGAAACUGGAAAACGUGCUACUGGAUGAAAACUGUAAUAUUAAGAUCGCUGAUUUUGGAUUGUCCAACCUCUACCAUAAGGACAAGCUGCUGCAAACUUUCUGUGGAAGCCCCCUUUAUGCUUCACCGGAGAUUGUCAAUGGAAGACCAUACCGUGGCCCGGAGGUGGACAGCUGGGCUCUCGGAGUGCUGCUGUAUACCCUGGUCUAUGGAACCAUGCCUUUUGAUGGGGGAGACCACAAGAAGCUCAUUCGUCAGAUUAGCAAUGGUGAAUACAAAGAGCCCACUCAGUCUUCAGACGCCCGUGGACUGAUCCGCUGGAUGCUGAUGGUGAACCCCGAGCGGCGAGCGACAGUAGAGGAUAUAGCCAAUCACUGGUGGGUAAACUGGGGCUGGAAGAACAGCGUCUGUGACUGUGAGGCCCAGCGCGACCACGGUGGCUCGCCCAUGCUUGCCCGUUUCAUCGACUGGCAGAAUCGCACUGAGCCACGAAGUACCGGAGCCAAAGCUGCUGCCACGCCCCAGAUCCUGCGGCAAAGGCCCAAGAAAUCAAAGAAGGAAAAUGUUGAAGCUGGCCAGUCCCAAGAGGGCGCAGAGGAUAAGCCAGGUUUGAAGAGACCCAAGGGCAUUUUGAAGACAAGGGUCACUGAGGAGCAAAGGUCCGCCAGUCCUGAAGAAGUGGAGCUGAGUCAAGGGGCACUGCCUCAACAAGCUGACGGUGGAGAGGAGGCUUCAAGCCCUGACAGAGAGGAAAAUGAGCCAGUGUUGGGAGGUGGCUCACCAGCCAAGAUGGUACCGUCUCUACCAAAGAAAGGCAUCUUGAAAAACAACCAACAGCGGGAAUCAGGGUACUACUCUUCCCCCGAGCGCAGUGAAUCCUCCGAGCUUUUAGGAGGUGCCAGCAUGUCUCUGUUAGCUACCUCCCCUCCUAAGCGAGUGAUGGGAAGGAAGGGCAUUCUGAAGCGAAACGGCAAGUACUCCACCUACAGCGGGCUUCCCUCUUCAGCAGCAGUAGCAGGGGUCCUAGGCGAGCCUCCUCCCACGACUGACUCAGGCCUGUCCCGCAGUCAGAGUCGGCCCUCCAGCAUCGUGGGGGAGGACAGCUCUGUUCUGUCGCUAUCGCCGAGUUCCCUCGGUGGAGCCGAGUGGCAUCCCUCCACCCCACACCUCCGCACCAACAUCAGGGCUUGCGUCUCAGCUGAAAACUUGCUGCAGCUCGCCAACUUCAAAGGUCUGCAGACCGCGCCGCCCAUCCAGGGUCCGAAGUUCAGUCGCGGCUCCAAAAUGAAAGGUUCCCCGGGGGACAACGGCAGCUUCUCCCUGCUUGGGGAUCUGGAAGACAUGACUCAGGUGUACCAGCAAGCCCUGGACAUCAGCAACAAUCUCACCUAACAAGCGGGUGGCAGAGCAUGAGGAAGCAGAGGGAUUCUAUUGUGACUCUGUGUGCGCAAUGAAGGGUGUGUGCAGCACUAACGACCAGUGUGUUACUGGGAUACAGCUUUAGGAGGCUGGGGCUGAAAGAUGCAAAAGAUAUGCCUGCGCUCACACGCUUGCGCACACAGAUGCACACAUGUAGGUGUACUUCUCUGGUCGGUGGGAAUUAUGUUCCAGGCUUUGUGAACAAGAGAGAGACUCUAAGAUGGCACAUGAGAGAGAGAAAGCCACCCAGUCUGCUGUCCUGGCCCGCCGUAGACUCUGCUACGUUGAACAUGUUUACAUAUUUAGCAAGAAGGCAAGUCAGAAUCACAAACGCAGCAACCAGAAACUGGUUGGCUCUCCUUCUUGUACACCACCCAUGUCUGAGUCUGAGUUUACAAAAGCACCUUAAAACUCACACAGAGCACAUGCUUUUGUGAUCUUUACUUCCUUUUAAAAGAAGAAACAAACCAGGGUCUUGUUCUGAAUAAUAAAAAAAAACAAAAACAAAAAAAAAACAAAAAAAAAAACACAAUGAUUAUUUAUUAUUAAUAUUUUUAAGCUUUAGUUGUAGGUGCCAAACUGGCGGGUGGCUGGUUGAUACUGGAAUCUCCUCGUCUCCAACUCUUUAGGUGAAACUGACAUAUAUAAUUAUGUUACUCAGUGAUAAACAUAUUAUUAACCAACAUAUAUAACCAUGCUUGUGUCUGUAACACGCAGGCAAGUAUACCUUCUUAAAAGUGUAUGUCCUAUAUAUGCGUAUGAUAUGAGGAAUAUGUAGGAAGUGCCUUUUUUGAUUCAUAAUAAGAAUUAUGUAUGUUGUUUCCUUAAAGGAGAAAGAAAAGCCAGGCCACCCAGAAGCCAGUUUUAUUUUUCAUGUGUUUAUGAUUGUGGAGAAACCCAGGGCCUUCAGAGCAUACCUGACUGACUUUUCUUAUUCUAUGGGUUUAAAGGUUGAACUCUUAGGUAGUAGAGACCAAAUACUUCUGGUUUUCUGCUUUUCUUUCCUUCUACUUGUAAAAUCAUAUGCAGCUCAGACUCAAAAAGGGAAGAAAAAAAAAAGCCGCCUCCUUGUUCUUUUUCAGUGUAUAAGGCCACCGUCAGUCGCAGCAUAGGCUCUACUGAACACACUUUUUGCUGGAAGCACAAAGAAUUCAAAGGUCCUCAUGUAGUGGGACUUUUCCUUGACUGGAGGCGGCAAAUCCUGGAUAGAGGUGCACUGAUCAGAAUUCUUGGGAUGAUAUCCAAUAAUUAACAAUAGCUAAUAUUAUCUUCUUCCCACAGUAACACCAACAGCACUGAAGAGUGUUGAGGUUAGUGGAAUCAUAGCACUUUGACUAACUGAAAAAAGACAGGAUUUCUGACCAGUUGGUCACUGGUCAGGUCCGAUCCGGCUGAAAUUCUCAGAUUCUGGUCUUAGUCGUCCUCUAGUCCCGAAACAUCCCUGCAUGUCUUAGGGUCGCUGUUCGACCGAUGUGGUUUUACUUUAUUUCAUGUUUUACCAAAGACAUUUCAGGUGUUUUCCAUUGGGAGACUGGUUAAUAUCUCACCCGCAGCUUUUUCAAAGAGCUAAGUCGAGUUCUUUUUUCUUGUUUUUUUUGCCGAUGACACAGCAAAUUCCUCAGACAAAAUGCUGGAGAUGUGUUGGUUCUAGUCUAGAGAUCCCUUAUUACCCCCCUACCCCCAAACCCGACUCAGCACAGGUGGAAUCUGCGGUCUGUGCUCAGCCUCCCAGCUGUGUAUACUUCUUCAUUGUGUCCACUGAGCAAAAUUAGUCUGCUGUUGUUUUUAUUCGAGCGUGAGAGGGAGGCAGUGCGUAGAGAGUUAUAGGUGCAGGCAGAAGAAAAGUGUGUGAAAGAGAGAGAUGUGGUGCAGAAGAUAGGAGUGGACGUUCCUGCGGAAAGCAGGAACGGGUCAGAGUUUUAGAGGUAUUUUUUUGACGGAUUUGCAACGUAGAAUAGCGGGAACAAAGAAAGUGAGUAGAAAGAGUAGAUGGAACGUUUUUUCAUUUUAUUUUGUACCAAAGAUCUGAUGAGGCUUUGACAGGAUUCAAUGGGCUUUAAUGAGUUGCUUUGACUUGGGGAAUCCCCCAUUGGUGAAUAAAUCUAACCCCACAAUGGCUGAACCUCACAUAUGUUUUAUUUGUGCUCAUUUAUUGUUGGUCGAGAUGCUGGAGGCUGUUGAUACAGCUUGUCUGGAGGCUCCUUGCAUGACACAUUUCUUCUGUAUAACCUUAGAAAAUAUGAUACUUUUUUCUUUUUUUAAAAACAGCAACAAAAUGACUGGAGAAUUCACAGCGUCGGAUGAUGCAGAGGGAAAAACACGCAGUCGGUGACCCCAAAUAAAAAAAGAACACAUGUUGAAUGUUUUCAGUGGUCAGCUCGCGUGAAGGAAAGACCCCGGGGUACUGAGUUUAAUGAACGACCCACUGCUUAUUAUAUUGUACUUUAUUGCCUUUUGUAUUGCAUUUUAAUGUCAACUGGAUUUACAGUGAAAAACUUAUACUAUGUUAGUAUUUUGGUUUAUUACGCUUCUGUUUUUGAUUUUCCAAAAUGUAAGGAAUGUUGUAUUGCUUUAUGUACGGCAGAAGAACAAAUACUUCCUUCCUCGAAGUAUUAGAAUUUCUCUGAGGUGGACGCACUAAUCCGACGUGAAAUUCGUGUUGUAAUUUCAUUUUCCGCUGUUUUGGCACACCAAAAUGUCAGAGUGGCAAUCAACUUUAUAUAUAUAUAUAACUAUUUGGAAAAAGGUAGGGGAAGAAAAAUCUAGCUUCUUUAAUUUGCCAAAGUGUGGAAGAUCCAAAAUAAAGCAAGAACAUAAAGCAUUAAAAAUGAUUUGAUAAUAAAAGCUUAACUCUGCCAAACUGGAAAUAACUGGUGCAUAUUAGUUAGUUUGAAAAUCUAAUCAUAGGAAAACUUGACUGGAUAUUGUUAUGACAAUAAUAAUAAGUUUAGUAUUAUUAUGUUAUUUAAGUAUUAUUUUUGUUACUGCUCUUUACUUUUUUAUGUUUCAAUUAUUUUGUUUGUGGGAUAAUCCUGGACUGCCGAGGUUUAUUUUAUGAUUUUUCUUUUUUUUUUUUUUUGAUAAUAAAAAUGAUUGUCUUUUUUUGUACUUAUAUUUAUUGAUCAAGCCAUUUCAGACAGUGUGUUAAGAUUUAGACAUACUGCAUUCAAAGAGAGUAGUUUCAUCUCAAUCGGAGAAUAAAUUGUUUCUGGAAAUCUGGAAACGUCUUAAUUCAUUAUUCAGGUCGACACAAUGCCCCUGAAGUACUGUAUCAAUCCAAAUAAAAGGAUCUCAACA